AUGACAACUAGUGUCCCAAUUGGUCCUAAAAUUGACGGCGAAACUCAAAUUCGCCGUUCGGUUCUUUCACCUAAUAAACUUAUUACAGUACCUUCUGAAGGUGUUAAUACCCUCUAUGAUGUAUUCCAAUAUCGUGUGAGAACUUCUAAAACCAAAAAUGCUUUUGGUUUUCGAAAAAUUAUUAAAAUAAUUGAAGAAGAAAAAGAAGUAACAAAGAUAGUGGGUGGUGAACCAAUUAAAGAAAAGAAAACUUGGAAAUAUUUUCAAAUGUCUAGCUAUGAAUAUUUAACUUUUUCACAAGCAAAUGAAAUAGUAAAAAAUAUUGGAGCGGGUUUGGUAAAAUUAGGCUUGAACAAGAAUACUAAACUUGCGCUUUAUACAUUCACAAAUAUUAAUUGGAUGCUCGUAUCUUACGGUUGCUAUACACAAAGUAUUACCUUUAUGACCGCCUACGAUACAUUAGGAGAAGACAACAUCAUUUUUUCUAUGAAUGAAACUGAAAUAAAGGCAAUUUUCACCAAUUCUAGUCUUCUUCCCACUUUAAAAAAAGUUGCGAGUAGCAUUUAUACCCUUGAACACGUGAUCUAUGAUGGUGAUAUCGAAGAAAGUGACUUGAAUGAAUUUAGAAUUGCUCACCCAAAAAUAAAUUUAAUCACCUUGGAAGAACUUAAACAAUUGGGAAAAGAGAAUCCAUUGGAAGAUAAUCCUCCAAAACCACAAGAUUUGUGUUGCAUCAUGUAUACCUCAGGAAGUACGGGGAGACCAAAAGGUGUUAUAAUUACUCAUGCAAAUGUUGUUGCUUCAAUCGCAGGAGCAAAAGUGAAACUUGGACCGUUCCUCGUUCCAGAUGACACAUAUUUAGCAUAUUUACCAUUCGCCCACAUUUUAGGAUUUGUCAUCGAAAAUUGUUUUAUUUACUUGGGUAUGACUAUAGGUUACGGAACCUUUAAAACGUUAUCCAACGCUUCUGUACGUAAUUGUUCAGGUGAUAUCCAAGAAUUUAAACCCUCCAUCUUUGGUGGAGUUCCUGCCGUUUUUGAGGCGAUUAAGAAAGAUAUCUUAACAAAAAUUAAUGCUUCUAGCGUACCAAAUCAAAAGAUGUUCUAUGGAGCAUUGAGUGCUAAAAAAUUCUUGAAAAAUUAUAGAUUGCCUACAGGAAUUUUGGAUAUGGUAGUUUUUAAAAAAAUUAAACAGCAAUUUGGUGGACGAUUAAGAUUAUUACUUGCAGGUGGUGCACCUUUAUUUAAUGAAACUCAUGAAUUUCUAUCAACUGCUUUGUGUGCUAUGAUAACUGGUUACGCUUUGACCGAAACUUGCAGUUCUGGUACGAUGUUGCCUCCACCAGAAAUUAGGAGUGACACCUGGGGAAUAGCUGGUUCACUCUUCCCAACUAUAGAAAUGAAAUUAGUCGAUGCUCCUGAAGCUGGUUACCUUUCCUCCAAUAAACCUAAUCCUCAAGGUGAAAUAUGGAUAAGAGGUGGACCAGUUUCUCAAGGUUACUAUGAAAAUGAACAACUAACCAAAGAGGCCUUUACUGAAGAUGGAUGGUUUAAAACUGGGGAUAUUGGUGAAUUCCUUAAAAGUGGAUCAUUGUCUAUAAUUGAUCGUAAAAAGAAUUUAGUGAAAAUGGCUCACGGUGAAUACAUUGCAAUAGAAAAACUUGAGUCAGUUUAUGGAUCUACAUUAUUUGUAGGAAAUCUUUGUGUACUUGCCGAUUCUUUGCAAACCCGUCCUGUGGCAGUAAUCUUGCCAGUAGAAGUAAGGAUUUUGGAUUUAGCCAAAGAUAUGGGAAUAAAAGGAGGAUUUGAAGAGUUAUGUAAAAACGCAGAAAUCAAGAAAGCGAUUUUGACAGCAUGCAACGAACAAGGGAAACGAGCGAAUUUCAAACCAGUAGAAUUUUUGGCAGAUAUUAUCUUAUGUUCCGAUGAAUGGACUACCGAAAAUCGAAUAGAAAUUAAAAAGAAAUAUGAAGAACAAAUUAAACUUUUGUAUGCUGCUAAUACCCAUAAAUAA